CACUCGCGACUGCUGCCUCCGACCUCGGCGUCUGGCCUCCUCUCUACCUUGCCCACCCUCACUCCACCGCACACGCCCCAACGCGCGCCCAAUGUCCGGCAUCCUCUCCCUGCCGCAGGGCCGCAUCGCGCCGCGCCGUCUCGACCUCGCCGCCUUCUCCUCGCGCCCCGACGCCGACUGCCACGCGGGCGCCGUGCACGCCUAUCUCGGCGUGCCCUUUGCGCAGCCGCCUCUCGGCGCGCUGCGCUGGCGUGCCCCUCAGGGUCCCUCUCCUUCAUGGGAGGGCGUGAGGCAGAGCAGCUUCGCGCCUGACCCUGCGCAGCUCGACGGGCUCGGCACGGCGGCGUGGCCCCAUCGAGAGGGGCUGCGCCACUCGGAAGACUGUCUCUAUCUCAACGUCUGGGUGCCGCAGCGUGUCCCGCACCAAGGAGGCAAGCGUCCCAUUCUCUUCGCCAUCUACGGCGGCUCCUUCGUCUCGGGCGGCGCCAGCAUGGCGAUGCACGACGGCGCGCGCCUCGCACACGAGAGCAACUGCAUCGUCGUCGGCUGCAACUACCGUCUGGGCGUCUUUGGCUUCCUCGGCUCGCGCGCGCUCGCGGCAGAAGCAGAGGGAGCAGGCUGCGGCAACUACGCCAUGCACGACUGCAUCGCCGCGCUGCAGUGGGUGCAGGCCAACGCCGAGUAUCUGGGCGGAGACGGGGAGAACGUGACGCUCUUCGGGCAAAGUGCCGGGAGCAUCAUGCAGCACUACCUCCUCCUCUCGCCUGCCACUCCAGCGGCACUCUUUCAGCGCGUCAUCCUGCAGUCGGGCGUCGUCACGACGGUGAUGCCUCGCACCCUGCCGAGCGUCCAAGCCACGUUCGAUGCGCUCCUGCCCCAAGAUGGGCCCGACGACGACGCCUCGCGCCUCGCAAAGCUGCGCGCCAUGGAUGCCACGCAGCUGCUCCACGCCGCAGCUGCUCUGCCCGCCGCGCGUCCGCGCACAGAGUAUGAAGUCAACGAGGCCGAGGGCCGGCCGCUCGAUCGUGCCGGCUCGCAAGACGUCCGAAUGGCCCCGAGUUCGCUGUGGGGUCCAGUAUGGGACGGCGUGGCCGUGUCGAAGGACUUUGAACGCCUCUCGAAGGCCGUCAUUCCUGCUGCAGGUGAAGCGCGCAAGAAUGGACAAGGAGGCAUCAUGCUGGGCUAUGCCAUCGACGAAGGCACACUCUUUUGUCCGCUCAUUCAAACGAAGGAACAGGUCGACGCUCACAUCGCGCGCUUCAAUCCGACGCUCCAGCCGGCGCUGCGCAAGACGUACGGCGCGGACUCAGUGACGGAUGAGGUGGCAUGGGCCGUUUGUUCCGACUACACAGGAAGCGCACUCUUCCAAGCGCCCGUUCGAGCCGCCAUGGGCGCGCUGGUCUCGAAGCAGGCACCGCCGGCAUACGGCUACGUCUUUGCCCAUGCGCCCAGCAAGGAUCUGCUGCGCUCGUGGGCGAAGAAUUCGUAUGGCUUUGAGCUGCUGGGCAAGAUGUCUGCGCUCCAUUGCGCAGACCUGCCGUAUCUCUGGGGCGGCGACGGCACCGAGAGACACAUUUGGGUGUCGGGCGAUGCGUACGGCGUGGCGUGGGAUGCGCCAGCUGCCACGGAACAGCCUGCGCUCGAUGAGACGCAGCAGGAAGGACGUGGCUUCACGCCUGGUCAGUUUUUGCGAGUUCGCUUGUCCUCGGACCUGGCGCUUGCGGCCACUCUCUCUCUGACCUGCCCCUUCUCUCUCCUCCCCACGCGCAGCUGAGCGACAGCUGAGUCUUCACAUCAUGCGUUGCCUCUCCACCUUUGCGCACGGCGGCUCGCCAUGGACGCCUCUUUCCCACUCCUCCUCCUCCUCCUCGUCGCCCGCCGAUCUCCUCAUCCACCCCUUCGGCGACCGCGCGCAGUUCGGCGCUCUCUCCUCGGCGGCGCGCCAGAGCUACGCCGCAGACGAGGGCGCACGCGCCUGGGGCGCCAUCGAGACGCGCGACAGGAAGCUGGGCGAGAUGCUGGCGUGGAAGGAACGCGUGGGCAGCGACGCGGCAGACGCCGACGCCAAGCAUCGCUUCUGGACGGACGAGGAGAACAACUCC